AUGACUUCGGGAAGAGCAAAGCCAACACCAAUAUUUCCCUUGACUGCUCAAAUAAAACCAUCCGAUUCAUUAUUCUUGAAAAAGUCAAGUGGUGGCGGUGCUAGUAGAAGUAAGAAAUCAACCUCAUCAAAUACAACAACACCACAAAGUUCGGAAAAGAAGUCAACAACGACAUCUUCAUCACAGCGAAAAAGACAACAACAAGGAUCAUCGUCAUCACAGAGAAAAGAUAAUUCCGAUAGUAGCAGUGAUGAUGAAGAAGCUUCUUUGAGUACAUCCAAUAAUAAUAACAAUACAAGUGGAAAUAGAUCCAAUACUCUGAAUAGUAGUGCUGGCUCUACAAGAGAUGAUUCUCUGCCACCCUCUAAUUUAUUCACUCGAUCGAGUAGGAGAAAAAGAGCUCCUGUUGUAUUGGACAGCAAUUUCUCCUAUGAACUUUCAACAGAAUCAGAAAAAGAGGAAGAGCAGAUCAAUAGAAGAAAGAAACAGAAAAAGACAACAACUGUUUCCAAAUCUAAAGCUUCUUCUUCUGCUGCAUCAGUUAUUUCAGUAGUGAGCGAUGAUACACCUCCCCCACAUAGUGAAAAAUCACAGGAAAUGUCUCAUUCCAAUAUUAAUGGUAACAGUAAUAGGAUUUCAUCUUCAUUUGUAGAGCCAAGAUUGGAUAUUUCAAAUACAAGUCGCAAUGCAGAGAAGUCAUCGAAAAGUAAGACACCAACCAAAUCUCAAUCUAAAUCAUCAUUGAACUCUACUCCUGUUGCAGCAAUUCCUACCGAAACACUAGCCAGUGAGGCACCAGAAGAGCCAGAACUUCCACCUAUUCCAAGAGGCAGAUCCAGAGCUCUCAAACAAUUCAAAGAGCACCAAAAUUCACUUUACAAGAUUGUUAAAAUAUCUUUGGAAUCCUUCUCCGAUUUGAAGAGGUAG